AUGGUGAAGAAGCGGACUGUCAAAUCUAAGCAAAGCAAAACUUAUAUUCCAAGCAGCCAAGAAUCAGAAGUAAUACAUAUAUAGACAUAUGCAGAUAGCUAUAAUAACGGGAUAAUCCAAGAGGAUUUAGAACAAAUAGACAAAUACAUUUACCAGGAAGAAAUGAACUUUUUUAAGCAGGAAUUCGAUAAAAGGGAAAUAGAGAAAACUAGUGUCCCUGAAGAUUCUAUACCUAUAUGUGCUGAUGUAAGGAAUUAUGAUUUUCUGCAGCUUGCAAAAAUUCAUCAAGAAGUCAAAGGGAAAUUAUUUGAUGUUAUCAUGAUGGACCCACCUUGGCAGCUAUCAGGAGCAAAUCCUACCAGAGGGGUAACUAUUUCAUAUGAAUCUUUACCUGAUCCAAGUAUAAGGCAACUUCCUAUUCCAAAGUUGCAGAAUCAAGGAUUAAUUUUUAUAUGGACAAUUAAUGCAAAAUAUAGAAUGUCGCUCCAGCUGUUAGAUUGCUGGGGAUAUAUCUAAUUACUCUGAUUAUAAAAAUGUAAAAAUUUCUAUAUCAAUAUAGAAGCUCAAAAUGGGUAAAAAGUAUAUAAAUACGUUGAUGAAGUCGUAUGGGUAAAGAAAACCUGCAAUAACAAAAUUGCGAAAAGUCAUGGAUACUGGCUACAGCAUGCAAAAGAAACAUGCUUGGUUGGGGUAAAGGGAGACCUAGAUAUGAGUGACAAAGAAAUUCCUGACAUCAUUUUCAGCUUAAGAAGAGGGCAGAGCCAGAAGCCUGAAGAAGUUUAUCAGAUGAUUGAAGAGCUAGUACCUAAUGGCUCUUAUUUAGAGAUCUUUGGACGCAGAAAUAACCUUAGAGCAGGAUGGAUUACUAUUGGGAACGAAAUUUAA